AAUAAACAUUACGUAUGUCACUCACAAAAGGCAUUUAAUGUCAUUCCCAUCUGUGGUUGGGUUUCUUUCAAAUUCGCCUUUGUUUCUAUGUGUCUAUAUAAAUGUAUUUAUCUUAAGCUCUUUUUUAUGCACAUUUUGUUAUAUUUUUAACGAAAAAAUACAAUUAUGUUUUAUUUUUAAACAUAAAUUUGCAAUGUGGAACCAAAUGGUUAUUACUUUAUUAAAUACUGUUUGUUAAUUGCGUUUCAAAUAAUUUGAAAUCUAUAUAAAAUAAUGUGUACAAUCUAGAAAAUCAAAAAAUAUUUUCUCUUGAAAUUUAAAGUGUGUAUUUAUGCAUGCUUCACUUCAACUCUUAAAUGUUAAAUUGUACACAAUUGUGAAUCGAUUUUGAUAAUAAUAAUAAUACUUAAUAGAUCGUAUAGGUUGAAAACAUCUUUUGAAUAGCGAAAAGUCAGAAGGUUUUAGUACAUUAUUCGCCUACAACAUGUUAAAGUAUUUUCUAAUCUGGAGUUCCGUAGGGUUUUUAGUGGUAUUAAAUAGAUCAACAUUCCAUGUAACCGAUCAUAUAAUAUAUAUCAUAUAAAUAUAUAUUUCUCAGUGUGUGGCUCAUAUCACAUUCACGAAUUUGAAGUGCAGCUUUGCAAAUGAAACUUAUGGCGAAAUUAAACUGUGCCGCAUCAAAGCCGUCAAUCGCACUCACAAAUAUCUUUCUUUACAUAUAAGUCUUAAUACGAUUCUUGACAACUUGAAUGUAAGUAUUUCUUAGAACUUUAAACGGACUAUAUUGCGAAUUUUGUCGUAGGGUAAUCUGAAGCUAAUGCGCUUCGACAAUGGCUAUAAGCCAUUUUUCAUUGACAUAACCUAUGAUAUAUGCAAGUUCCUGAAGGAUCCACAAAAUAUCUUCGUAAAGGCAUUUUACAAUACGUUUAAAGAGCGGUCCAAUAUGAAUCAUACCUGUCCUUAUGAACACGACGUUAUUGUUGAUAAAGUGUGGACUGGAAAUCUAGAGUAGGGUUUUGGCAGAUUUCUGCCAACACCAAAUGGCGACUUUGCACUUCUCUUCACUCUUUACAUGAAUAAUAAUGCUUUUGCGCAUUUUAAUCUCUAUUUAAGAAAGACUUAGAUAAUACAAAUUUCAUGCAUUUUAUGAAAUCAAUAAGAUAAAGUUUUCAAAAGAA